AUGAACGUCAGAAGCCUUAUACUAGAUCUUGGAAUUUCGCAACAUGAUACAGGAAGAUCAGUGAAACGGAAGAAAAGAACUCGUCGUAAAAGACGGGGAGGAAAGCCUCGUCAGAACCCAUCCUUGACCAUGCUUGAAUCUGUUGAAGAUGCAGAGCCAAAGGACACUUACAUUCCUGUGUUCAUUACUUCUAGGACAUCAAGAGCAUCUGUCUUCAAAAGCAAACAUCCACCACAGCAUCUCAGGCAAAUCCCACAAACCAUUAGUCUCCAGGGGAAUGAAAAUUCUCCAACAAGGAUUGGACUUUGGAAUGCUCGAUCUUUGAUGAACAAGGAGACUGAAGUUUGUGACUUUAUCAUCUCGGAACGCAUUGAUGUCUUGGCUGUCACAGAAUCGUGGCUCAGAGGCGACGGGAGAGACUCCCCUACAAUAGCAGGCAUACAGAAUACACUUCAGGAUUUCAAGCUACUAAAACUACCCAGAAAAGGAAAGAGGGGUGGUGGUCUCUGUGUAAUUUUGCGAAAUUCUUUUUCUACUAAAAAGAAGCCACAUGUGUUUGACACAUUUGAAUGCCUUGAGGUAACUGCAAGCUCUAGAAAGAUGAGUAGCCAGAGAAGUCUCUCUUUGUUUGUAAUCUAUAGACCACCAUCGUGCUUGCGUGGUCAAUCAUUUGGACAUUUUCUGAUUGAGUUCUCAAAACUUCUUGAAUCGGCCAACUUGCUUCUGAAUCAAGUGGUUAUCUUGGGUGAUUUCAAUAUACAUGUUGACAGUGACACAAAUGCAGACGCAAAGAACUUUAAAGAUCUACUGGAAUCAGCGGGUUUGAGUCAGCGUAUAUCCCAACCUACUCAUAUUAAAGGACACACUCUUGAUUUGGUAAUUAUGAGGGAUAAUGAUCACUCAAUUAGGGACAUUGUGGUAACCCAGACUUUGCCAUCAGAUCAUUCUGCAAUCAUCUUUUCACUCCCCUUCGUGAGACCAUCGCCAACAUCUAAUGUCAUUCAUGCCCGUAUGUUACGUGAACUUGACAUUGAUCAAUUCAAGUUAGAUAUCAUCGAGUCCUUCGAAGCAGUUACAAACCUAGAGGAAAUGGAAAUUGACCAGAAGGUACAUGUUUUCAAUGACUCUCUUGCUUCUAAUCUAGAUCGUCAUGCACCAAACAAGAAAAGGAAAGUGAGAGUGCGUCCUUAUGCUCCAUGGUACAACGACGCAAUCCGCAAGGCCAAACAAGACCUUCGUGCAAGCGAAAGGAGAUGGAGAAAGACCAAGCGUUCAUCUAGAACAGUUGUAUCUGAUGACAUGAAGGAAGCAACGAGAGAAUAUUACCAACUUGUCAAUAACUUUAAGCGUCAGCAUCUUCAAGAACUUAUAUCCACUAGCAACAGCAAACAACUGUUUCAUGUGAUUGACAAGAUGAUUGCUGAAAAGCCUGAUAAAUCAUUGCCAUCACAUCAGUCAAGUGCUGAGAUUGCCCAGAAGUUCUCAAAGUUUUUUGACAGUAAAAUUGAACAACUGAGAUCUUCAUUUUCUUCCUCUUCUGUUGUUGUGGAGGGGGAAACCUGUGAUCGUCGUCAAAGAAAGUGUCUGAAAGAAUAUAUACAUAAGUGA